AUGUAUAAUGAGAUAGAGGGAAACUACGAUGACGUUACCAUUAGCACAUUCAAGAGGGGCUUAUCGACAAAGCAUGGUUUAAGAAAGUCCUUGACUAGGAAGCCGGUCACUAGUGUGCGCCAACUCAUGGACAGAAUUGACAAGUACAAAAAGGUUGAGGAGGACCAGCAAACGGGGAAGGGCAAAGCGAAGGCAGUCCAUGCUGUGUUCCGAGAACCAUUACACAAGAUCCUAGAGAAGGUAAAGAGUGAACCGUUCUUUCAAUGGCCAAGCAGGAUGGCAGGUGACCCCUCGAAACAUAACCAGAAUCUGUAUUGCGCAUACCACCAAGAGCCGGGUCACAUCACCGAUGAUUGUAGGAAUCUGAAAAACCACUUGAACCGGCUUGUCCAAGAGGGGAAGUUGAGGCAUCUAUUACAUCACCCUGUGGGAUGGCGGGAACAAUCAAACAUCGAAACCAGGCAAAGCACAUUGAGGCCACCCAUUGGCACAAUAAAUGUCAUUCUCGCCGCACCUGGAAGGACCGGAUCCAGUCCUCUCAGAGUGAUGUCAGUGGGCAGGCUCCCGCCUGAAGCUGACGACAGGGAAUCCAAAAGGGCCAGAGCGAUGGCCACGCCCUUAAUCGGACUCUCAGAUAAGGACAAACUAGGAACCCUUCAACCCCACGACGACGCCCUAGUCAUCACGCUCAGAAUUGGGGGUUAUGACAUGAAGAAGGUGCUAGUGGACCAAGGCAACGCUGUGGAAGUAAUGUAUCCCGACUUGUAUAAAGGAUUGAACCUGAAGCCAGAGGACCUGUCGGCAUACGACUCCCCUUUGGUCAGUUUUGAAGGAAAAACCGUCACCCCGAAGGGCAUGAUUAGGCUGCCUAUACAAACAGACUCAGACAUGGUGGAAGUGGACUUCAUUGUGAAUGUGGACGUAUUUGCCUGGGACGCCUAUAAGGCCCCUGGGGUUGACCCAGAUUUCAUUUGCCAUCACCUUAAUGUUAGCCCUGCCGUAACGCCUAAGAAGCAGCCUCCUCAGCGACCAUUGAAAGAGUAUGCAGACGCCGUGAGAGAGGAGGUCACAAAACUGAAGAAAGUAGGGGCUAUCAAGGAGAAUGCCGAGUCAACCUGCCAAAGAAUGAUGACUAGGAUGUUUGAACAGCAGAUGGGUAAGAGCAUCGAAGUUUAUAUAGACGAUAUGGUGGUAAAAAGCAAAUUGGUGACCAACCACGUCAGAGACCUUGGCUAUAUCUUCUGA